AUGCGCUUCGCGAGAUCAAUUCAAACACCGCUCCUCGCUUGGUUGAUUGAAUUCCCCAUUUUGAUCGCAGUUGGUCUCCUUCUGCGGCCUUGUCGCGCUACCAGGCCACCCCCUCAACCCAUUGUCGCGACAACGACCACCGAUUUCUUUGGCUACGAUGGUCUAUGGUCUGCCGUCAGUAUCCGCGUUGGUUCGCCAGAGCAGUGGCUGUCUGUUCUUCCGAGCACACUGAGCCAGGAGACAUGGCUGGUAGGGCCCGCUGGCUGCGAUGGGACCUCUACAUGCGAGUCAAAAAGAGGAGGCCUGUUCUACGCAAACGGAUCUUCUACAUUUCAGCCGAGAGGCUUCUACGACCUGAAUUUCGACUCUCAGCUUGAAACUUCAGGAGUUGGGUACUAUGGUCUGGACACCAUAUACCUCAACGAUGUGGCAUCCGUUCCUGAUCAGAUCAUUGCAGUGGUCAAUUCAACUGAUUACUGGCUUGGGAGUCUGGGUCUCGGGGCCCAGGAAACACGAUUUGACGGCACAGAGAACUUUCUCCCUCUCUUGUCUAGCCUGGUGGAGAAUGCGAGCUUGAUCCCCAGUCACAGUUAUGGCUACACAGCGGGAGCUUACUAUCGACUCAAGAGCGUUCCAGCUUCGUUGACGUUUGGAGGAGUCGACGCUAAUCGAUUCGUUCCAAACAAUAUUACAUUCUCGCUGAGUUCGGACUAUGCGCCCGUUGUUGCUGUAACUUCGCUAUCGGUCUCAUGUUCGCCUUUGCAAGGCGACUCGUUACCUUCCAACUGGGUAUCGAAUCCGGAGACACUUCUCGCCAGGCCCCAGGCUGCUUUAUUCACGAUUGACUCCUCCACGCCAUUCUUAUGGCUUCCAGAAACAGUGUGUGAUUCCAUUGCGUCCGCACUCAAUCUGACUUACGACGACAACCUACAACUAUAUGUUUUCCCGGAUGACAACAGUUCAUCUCCGGAUGCUCUCGCAGCUUGGAACCUAACCUUUAGUUUCACCGUCACUGAUCUGAUUGAAUCCUCCGACGCCAUCGAACUAACGUUGCCGUACGAGGCAUUCAAUCUCCAGCUAUCUUAUCCUUUUCCAAAUCUAAACGCUAACUUUACGUCACCGCCUACUAAUUACUUCCCAUUGAGAAGAGCGGCUAAUUCGACCCAGUAUACCAUCGGACGUGCUUUUUUACAGGAGACAUAUUUGAUGGUGGAUUAUGAACGCAACAACUUUACCAUCUCGCAAGCGGUAUUUACUCUGGACGCGGUCAAUAAUGUCAACCUCCAGUCAAUCUCGCGACCUGAUAACAGCAUAUGGCCUGGACCUGACCCCUCAAAAUCAUCCGGUCUUUCUACCGGGGCAAAGGCAGGAAUCGGGGUAGGCACCGCGGUGGGCGUUUUAGCAGCCCUGAUGCUUAUAUGGACGUUCUGCCUGAGGAAGAAGGUCCCCAAGAAUGGUGUCUCUGGCAAAAAACCCAAGGGAAGAAGUCUUCUUGGUAGAUUACACCGUCCGCCAGGGUCGAAGAUCUCGGUGUCUGAACUGCUUGGUGACAAGCGCCAUCCCACCGAAGUCCCUGCAGAUCAUUCAGCUACUCGGUUCGAGUUACCGGGAGAUACGCCCACCGAAAUGCCUGCUGCACCAGUACCGCCGAGCUUCCUCGCAAACGGCCAGGCAGGAGGCCCAGGAGGGUCCACCGCGUUAGGUAACGUCCCCCGGGAUCCUGCAGAGCGUGAGCACCGCAGAUCGACGUGUAAAGACGACGACAUAACUACCAGUGAUUUAUCUGGGUCUCCUGUACCGCCAUACUCACCUCCCGAACUCAUCAACAACCGUUUCAGCAGCAGUGUGAGUCCAUACAGCUUCAUGGAUAGCCGCGGGCUUGGAACACGCUUUUCAAGCGAGCAGGGCAUCAGCCCAGUCGGCGCAAGUAGUGGACACUCCCGGACGUCAAGCAACGGUAAGACCGGGAGUAUGCCGAGUCCUGUGUCUCCAGAGGCAACCUCGGGGCUUGGGACAGCAGGCUCGCAAGCGCCGCACACCAUUCCUUUACAGAACGAUACUCUCAUCGUACCACAGCUACAUGGACGUCCGCCGUCGCGCUCGCCGAGUACUGGAAGCAGGUUCCGGGAAGAAGGCCUGGGUGCUACCGGAGAAGAGGAAUCCACAGGAACACCGGCACGGCAUAGUUAUCAAGGUCGGAGAUUCAGCUGGGAACAAUAG